GCCGCGCUUCCGGGUUGGCCGUGGCUUCGUCGGCGGCGCAGGGGCAGAAGCCGGAGCGGCGCAGAAGCACCAGAGACUGGCCGAGUGGAGCAGAGGGCCAGCGGGGCCCGGCGCGGGUCUCCCGCCAGGCCGCUAGGUGGGCUGGCGGCGACCCGGACCCCACCGGCCGCCCUGAGAGAUUUAAGCCUUCGUGGCUUCUGAAGAAAAUGGCAGAAACAUUGCCAGAUCCUUCUGGGCAGCUUGUCGUACACUCGGUCACUCACAGUGACACUGUCCUGGCCAGUUUUGCGGAUCAGAGGAAGAAAGACUUCCUCUGUGACAUUACUUUAAUCGUGGAGAACGUGCAUUUCCGGGCCCACAAAGCCUUACUUGCUGCCAGUAGUGAAUACUUCUCAAUGAUGUUUGCAGAAGAGGGUGAGAUUGGCCAAUCCAUUUAUAUGCUGGAAGGCAUGGUUGCAGACACCUUUGGUAUCCUGCUGGAAUUUAUCUACACAGGUUAUCUCCAUGCCAGUGACAAAAGUACAGAACAAAUCCUGGCUACUGCUCAGUUCUUAAAAGUCUACGACCUGGUAAAGGCUUACACAGACUUGCAAAAUAAUCACAGCUCCCCAAAGCCAACAACUUUGAACACUGCUGGUGCUCCAGUGGUUGUUAUCUCUAAUAAGAAAAACGAUCCUCCAAAGCGGAAACGGGGAAGACCGAAGAAAGUCAACACACCGCAGGAGGAGAAAUCAGAACUGGCUGCAGAGGAAGAAAUACAGCUAAGAGUGAACAAUUCCGUUCAGAAUAGACAAAACUUUGUGGUUAAAGGAGACAGUGGUGUACUGAAUGAGCAGAUUGCAGCAAAAGAAAAGGAAGAAUCGGAGCCUGCUUGUGAGCCAAGUAGAGAGGAGGAAAUCCCAGUUGAAAAAGAUGAGAACUAUGAUCCCAAGACCCAGGAUGGCCAGGCCAGCCAGAGUCGGUACAGCAAGCGGAUGAUUCGGAGAUCCGUCAAACUUAAAGAUUACAAACUUGUUGGGGAUCAGGAGGACCAUGUUUCAGCCAAGAGGAUCUGUGGAAGGAGAAAGCGCCCUGGAGGCCCUGAAGCUCGUUGUAAAGACUGUGGCAAGGUCUUUAAGUAUAAUCACUUUUUAGCAAUCCACCAGAGGAGCCACACAGGGGAGCGACCUUUCAAAUGUAAUGAGUGCGGAAAAUGCUUUGCCCAGAAGCACUCUCUCCAGGUCCACACCAGGAUGCACACAGGCGAGCGGCCGUACACCUGCACCGUGUGCAGCAAGGGUCUGACCACCAAGCACUCGCUGCUGGAGCACAUGAGCCUGCACUCAGGACAGAAGUCUUUUACCUGUGAUCAAUGUGGAAAAUAUUUCAGCCAGAACAGACAACUAAAGAGCCAUUACCGAGUUCAUACAGGCCACUCAUUACCAGAAUGCAAAGACUGCCAUCGCAAAUUCAUGGAUGUGUCUCAGCUAAAGAAACAUCUGCGAACACACACAGGUGAGAAGCCAUUUACUUGUGAAAUCUGUGGCAAAUCUUUCACAGCAAAGAGUUCUCUUCAGACCCACAUCAGAAUCCAUCGAGGAGAAAAGCCAUACUCAUGUGGCAUUUGUGGCAAAUCCUUCUCUGACUCCAGUGCCAAGAGGAGACACUGCAUUCUACACACCGGCAAGAAGCCGUUCUCCUGCCCUGAGUGUAACUUACAGUUUGCUCGCUUAGACAAUUUGAAGGCUCACUUGAAAAUUCAUAGCAAGGAGAAGCAUGUGUCAGAUGCCAGCAGCAUUUCUGGCAGUAAUAAUACAGAAGAGGUCAGGAAUAUUCUUCAGCUACAGCCAUAUCAACUCUCUACCUCGGGAGAGCAGGAAAUUCAGCUUCUUGUAACCGAUUCUGUACAUAACAUCAAUUUCAUGCCUGGUCCUAGCCAGGGAAUCAGCAUUGUGACUGCAGAGAGUUCCCAGAACAUGACUGCAGACCAGGCUGCUAAUCUCACCCUGCUCACGCAGCAACCAGAGCAACUGCAGAAUUUAAUUCUCUCAGCUCAACAGGAGCAAACAGAACACAUUCAGAGCCUCAAUAUGAUUGAAAGCCAGAUGGGGCCCUCACAGACAGAGCCAGUGCACGUGAUCACUCUGUCCAAAGAAACUCUGGAACAUCUUCACGCCCAUCAAGAACAAACAGAGGAGCUCCAUUUAGCUACAAAUACUUCCGCUCCAGCUCAGCACCUGCAGCUGACACAGGAGCCUGAUGCGCUGCCACCCACUCACCAUGUGCCACAGUCAACGCCACUUGGCCAGGAGCAAAGCUGACCUGGAAACAUGUUUGACUGCUUGAUUAGUCUCUUGUCAUAAGCCAGCUCUGACUGGAUUUUGAAUGCUUAAAGUCAGGCUCUCCAUACCAUUGACUUGCAGUUCCUUUGAUGACUGACCGAUGUUUGUAAUGCUCACCAUCCAGGUAGCAAGAUCUGUGUGUGUGUGUGUGUGUAUGUCUUGUCUAAGGUACAGAUUUGGAUUUAGCAUUUCAAUAUUGUUGAUUGGUUUUCAUUUUCAUCUGCAACAUCUCGUAAAGAGUCGGGUAGUUUU